UCUGGCGGAGCGGCCGGGACCUUGAGCACGGCCAGGCCAGCACCGGAGCCAGCAGGGAGCAGGGAGCAAGGGAGAAGCGACACCAAGAAAACGAGCGCGCUAGAGAGGGGCAAAGGGGCUCGAGAAGCCGCACAGAGCUUCCUCGCACAGCCUCCGACCGGCCUCUCCCGACCAGUGCCAGCCCUCAGGAACGUUCGUCCAGACACCCGAUACAGGCACAGCCGCGGACUGCGCGCGGCUCGCUGCAGCGAGGCCCGGGGCGGCCCCGUAGGGACCCCCUCAGACCGCCCGGGCCGCCCGGAUGUGCACUAAAAUGGAACAGCCCUUCUACCACGACGAAUCAUACGGAACAGCGGGAUACGGCCGGACCCCGGGCGGCCUCUCUCUACACGACUACAAACUCCUGAAACCCAGCCUGGCGCUCAACCUGGCCGACCCCUACCGAAAUCUCAAAGCACCUGGUGCGCGGGGUCCCGGCCCAGAGGGCAACGGCGGAGGCAGCUACUUUUCUAGCCAGGGUUCGGACACAGGCGCGUCACUCAAGCUCGCCUCAUCGGAGCUGGAGCGCCUGAUCGUCCCCAACAGCAACGGCGUGAUCACGACGACGCCCACGCCCCCGGGACAGUACUUUUACCCCCGCGGGGGUGGCAGCGGUGGAGGUGCGGGGGGCGCAGGGGGCGGCGUCACUGAGGAGCAGGAAGGCUUCGCCGACGGCUUUGUAAAAGCGCUGGACGACCUGCACAAGAUGAACCACGUGACGCCCCCCAACGUGUCCCUGGGCACCAGCGGGGGACCCCCAGCCGGGCCCGGGGGCGUCUACGCCGGCCCGGAGCCUCCUCCAGUCUACACCAACCUCAGCAGCUAUUCUCCGGCCUCUGCGCCCUCCGGAGGAGCCGGGGCCGCCGUCGGGACAGGGAGCUCGUACCCGACGGCCACCAUCAGCUACCUCCCACACGCGCCGCCCUUCGCCGGCGGCCACCCGGCGCAGCUGGGCCUGGGCCGUGGCGCCUCCGCCUUCAAGGAGGAACCGCAGACCGUGCCUGAGGCGCGCAGCCGCGAUGCCACGCCGCCGGUGUCCCCCAUCAACAUGGAAGACCAGGAGCGCAUCAAAGUAGAGCGCAAGCGGCUGCGAAACCGGCUGGCGGCCACCAAGUGCCGGAAGCGGAAGCUGGAGCGCAUCGCGCGCCUGGAGGACAAGGUGAAGACACUCAAGGCCGAGAACGCGGGGCUGUCCAACACUGCCGGCCUCCUCCGGGAGCAGGUGGCCCAGCUCAAACAGAAGGUCAUGACCCACGUCAGCAACGGCUGCCAACUGCUGCUUGGGGUCAAGGGACACGCCUUCUGAGCGCCCCCUUAUCCCCCGUACGGACAUUUCCCCAACCUGGACGGCUGGGCGCACGCCUCCCAUGGGGCGAGGGGGCAGGCGGUGGGCACUGGCCCCGGGACCUGAGGGCGCAACAAACCACACUGGACUCCUGCCCGCCCGCUCUGCGCCCAGUCCUUCCACCUCAACGUUUACAAGCCCCCCUUCCACUAUUUUUUUUUUAUUUUUUUUCCUGCAGAACUCAAUUCAUAUUGAAUAUAAUAUAUUUGUGUAUUUAACAGGGAGGGGAGGAGGGGGCGAUUGCGGCGGAGCUGGCCCCGCCGCCCGGUACUCUAGCCCUCGGGGAUACUGAGGAGGGGACCCCCGCCCCCUGCCCUCCCCCCUCUGCACCGUACUGUGGAGAAGAAACACGCAGUCGGUUUCUAAAGGAGCUAUUUUAAGCUGUGUUUAUGUGUGAGUUCGUUUAUUGUCCUUACUUUUUAUUGAAUCUAUUUAAGUAAAAAAAAAAAAAGUUCUUUA